AUGAUUGAAUCUGGAGAACUGAAAGGGCUAAAUUUGAUUAUAACUGUUGUUCUUAUUUUCAGUAUAAAUACGGCAAUUACUGAUUUAUUAACAUGUUGCAGCAAGUGGUCAUCAGUCCCAGACGGACCAAAAAGUUCUGGGAAAAAGCUGAGGAGUUGUACUGCGACUUUAUCUGCAUCUGUUCUUGUUGUGAUUGCUACUGGUUUCAAUCUGUUAUCUGCUGGUGCACUGCUAGUUUCUCUGCAUCUGUUCUUGUUAGAUGCAUUAGGUAGUUUCUUGUCCAGCAUAAUAUUGAGCCUAGUGAUGAAGAUCACAUCGAAGCAUGGGAAACCAGGAUGGGUGCCUCCAAAUUUAAAUGAUGGACAUUUGGAUAGAUAUUUUUUCCUCUCAGCAGCUUUGAUUGCAUUUGAUCUUCUAGAACUGAAGUCCUCCCCGUCUUCCUUCCCAGGGAUGAAAGAAGGACUAGAAUCGAAAGAUGGGACGAUAGAUAUUCCUGGGAAACCAGAAAUGAAAGGAAACACAACUGGUGGAUGGAGAUCAGGAAUGCUAUUACUCGUCAUCGAGGGACUUGCGGCGCUUGGAUUCACUGAAGUGGAAGUAAACGUGGUUCUAUUUUCAAAGUUGGUAUUGAGGCAGUCGAAUGCAGAAUCAGCUAACACCUUUAGCACAUGGAUGGGAACUCUUAACAUCUGCACUCUGUUUGGUGCUUAUCUUAAGACUGUGUUGGUUUAUGUAGAAAACUUGGGGAAAUGGGUGUUGGCCUUCUGGAUAUCUACCUCUGCUGGUUUAGUAGCAUUGAUUUUACUGCUAAGUGGACCUGUAGCUAUUGACACAUUAAGUCUUCUGGAAAUCCCGUCUCCAGAAGAUGCAAUCUUGUUAACUAGAACUCGCCAAAAUCCUAAUCCAUGGCGCCUCUGCACUGUUACACAAGUUGAGGAGAACAAGGAGCUGCAAUGGACAGAGAGAUCUCCAGCUUCCACAUCCCCCCCGGCCAGCAUGACUGCCUUUGAUAUUAAAAGCACCUCAACUUCUAUUCUCUGUUAUGAAAAAGUGAUAGUUACUCUAUACAUCAAACUAACAAGACGGGAGCCAAACCCUCCUAGCGAGCUACAGAGAAUAGGAAUCGGAAUGAUUCCACAAUACGUGCUUGAAGCAUUCAUAUACGUUGCGCAAUGGGAAUUCUUUGCGUCUCAAAUACCGGAUGGGCUGAAGAGCUUGGGGCUCGGCUUAUCAAAGUCUUCUUCAGCAUUAGGUAGUUACUUGUCCAGCAUAAUAUUGAGCCUAGUGAUGAAGAUCACAUCGAAGCAUGGGAAACCAGGAUGGGUACCUCCAAAUUUAAACGAUGGACAUUUGGAUAGAUAUUUUUUCCUCUCAGCAGCUUUGAUUGCAUUUGAUCUUCUAGAACUGAAGUCCUCCCCAGGGAUGUAUGCUAGAAUCACCAUAGGGAGCAAUACCUGA